CGUGGGGGCGCACUUCGUUAGGAUGAGUCUCUAGUCGCCAUCUUGAGGAGACCCCAAACUAAAGCUGAUGACAACAAUCUUAGGCGCAUCAUAAUGGGAUUACUAACCUGUAAAUAAAACACCUCAAGUCGUGUUGGGUAGCAUACGAGACGACACUUGAAAGAAGACCGUUCAUAAAGAGUUUAUUAUUGCUAAAUGAAGACUGUGGCUUAGCUAAAGGCAACCUUGCCUGUAGCUAGAUGGCCGGCUAGCUAUCUAUGCCAGCUGGUCUGUGCGCCGCUCCGGACUGAACCGUGGCCUGCUCGGGAGGAAGGGUGGUGACGGCGCAAAAUGCAAUCCCUUUAAAUUUACUUCAGAAUCAAAUUUGAUUCAAAGAUACUGCAAAUCGGACAAAGGACACGACAAUGCACUUAUAAAUAUAACGCUCUUGUUGCAAAUUUUGUUGUCUGGAUUGAUAAUAUCCUGCUUGAUAACAGUGCUGUCUAGCGUCGCCUAAAUCCCAGCAAGAGACAUGUCAUCCAACUGUACCAGCGUUGCGCCGGUGAGCGCUAGCAAAACGAAGACGAAAAAGAAACAUUUUAUAGGACAGAAAGUGAAAUUAUUCCGUGCAAGCGAGCCUAUUCUCAGCGUUUUAAUGUGGGGUGUCAACCAUACGAUCAACGAGUUGAGUAACGUGCCUGUACCUGUAAUGCUGAUGCCCGAUGACUUUAAAGCCUACAGUAAGAUCAAAGUGGACAACCACCUAUUUAACAAAGAAAACCUGCCCAGCCGCUUUAAGUUCAAAGAGUACUGCCCCAUGGUGUUCCGCAACCUGAGGGAGAGGUUCUGCAUCGACGACCAAGAUUACCAGAACUCCCUGACGAGGAGCGCCCCGCUGAAUAGUGACUCCCAGGGUCGCUUUGGCAACCACUUCCUGUCUAGCUACGAUCACCGCUUUGUCAUCAAGACAGUGUCCAGUGAGGACAUCGCCGAGAUGCACAACAUCCUCAAGAAGUACCACCAGUUCAUAGUGGAGUGUCACGGCAGCACGCUGCUCCCCCAGUUCCUGGGGAUGUACCGACUUACCGUGGAUGGGGUGGAGACCUACAUGGUGGUGACCCGUAAUGUGUUCAGCCACCGUCUCACCGUGCACCGCAAGUACGACCUGAAGGGUUCCACGGUGUCAAGGGAAGCCAGUGACAAAGAGAAGUUGGGUCAUGCCCGACUGUUGUCAAUGCUGCGGAGAGGAGGCAGUCAGAAGGGGGCCAAAGAACUCCCCACCUUUAAAGACAAUGAUUUUCUGAACGAAGGCCAGAAGCUGCAGAUAGGAGAUGACAACAAAAAGUACUUUUUGGAGAAGCUAAAGCGUGACGUUGAGUUCCUGGCCACUCUGAAGAUCAUGGACUACAGUCUGCUUGUGGGGAUCCAUGAUGUAGACCGGGCAGAGCAGGAGGAGAUGGAGGUGGAGGCCGCGGGAGAGGAGGAGGAGUACGAGAAUGAUGGGAUGGGAGGAGCCCUCACCGGCUCUUUCGGCACCCCUCCAGACAGCCCUGGGAACCCCCUCAACUUUGGUGGCUUUUUUGGCCCUGGCGAGUUCGACCCCUCCGUGGACGUUUACGCAAUCAAGAGCAACGACAGUGCUGUGAAGAAGGAGGUGUACUUCAUGGCUAUCAUCGACAUCCUCACGCACUACGACGCUAAGAAAAAAGCUGCACAUGCUGCCAAAACUGUGAAACAUGGGGCCGGGGCAGAGAUUUCUACCGUAAACCCAGAGCAGUACUCCAAAAGAUUCUUUGAGUUCAUGUCCAACAUCCUGUUAUAGAAUCAUCUUUCCUUCCCUCAGCCAAUCACAUCCUGUCAUUGAUUCAUCAACCCCACCCACCCCUUGCUCUCUCGUCCCCUGUCCCUCCCACUCUGGCUUAUCCCCACCCUUUACCCACCCCACUGGUUCCCUCCCAUCCUGGGAUUACAGACUGAAAGGAUGCACAGAGACGACAAGCCUGUUACAUUGUCCCACAGAGAGAGGGCGCCGGACUCUUACUAAAAAAGCAAAGCGUCUCUCCCCCCCGUCCCAAGUCCAGCUCCUUCUGCCCAGCCCUCCCUGACUCAAUCUGAGCGCUCAGAAAGGAAGUCUUAUGAAACAUACACAUGUUCUGGAUGAUCCGAGACCCUCCCCCUUUCUGCCUCCCCUGUCACCUUAUACUACUCCUCACGCCAGCACGGGAACUGUCUCACUAAUGCCUUGAAACAGUGUGUCAGCUUCAGCAGUAAGAGUCUGUUUAGUAUCGUCUGUUCGGUUUCCGUUCAUGUAGUUGUUAUAAUUUUAUGUACACACACACACACGCGGGCAAGACACACUUGCACAGACGCAGAAACGGUUAGAUCGCAUGAAUCUUUUAACCGUGGCCAACAGGCUUUUACAAACUCUGCCUCCCUGACAGGGGACUUGCAGCCAACAAUAACAAAAUUGGAAAUAGUUGAUAAAUUCAUAUAUAGGAAUUUAUUACAUAAAUGCAAUAUCAAAAUGCAUGGCUGAUAUGUACAUGACUUCACCAGUUAGUUGAAACAUCAAACCACUGAACUUAUCAUCUGAGCAUUAUGACUAAAAGAAUAAAAACAUACAUAAGUGUUAAAUGUUACAUUGCCAUAUUUUGACAACUUUCUCGAAAUUUUAACCAUCUACUUGGAGGUUGGUAAGUCAUAUGAAAAGGGGAAUUCUAAAGAAAUGUUUUAUUACAAUAAGAAUCAUUUUUAUAUCUUGUUUACAUUAAUGUAGCAUUUGUGUUUGUAUACAGUAUUGUUUUGUUACCAACAGACAUUAGGACAGAAAAGUUACUUGAAAAUGAUUCAUUGCAUAAUAUUAAAGGGAGUUUUAUCUUG